AUGGGAAAGAAAUUCAAACAUUCAGAAAUAUUUCCUAGUAACCCAAUGCUUUUGUGUAUUUGUGGAAGUUCCGGUUCUGGGAAAACUCAUCUCACUUUUAACAUGUUGACAACACCAAAACUUUUAGAUUUCGGUUCAUUAUAUAUCUACACAACAACACCAGAGCAAUCAUAUUAUCAAUUCCUCAAAGCUUUAGAAUAUUUACCAAUGAAAGAUGUUCAAGACAUAUUUCAAUAUUAUGAAGGAAACGAAGAAGAAGAAGUUGAAAUAAAAGAUAUCAUAGAUAACUACAUUAAAGCAAAGAAUCCAUCUUUCUAUCCAACAGACAUUAAAGUUUUUCUGAAGAAAAAUGUUAAUGAUCUAGACUUGUCUAAUAUUGAUAGCAAUCGAAAGAAUUUGAUAUUGUUUGACGACAAUCAAGCUGUUCAACAAGAAUUCUUCACGAAAGGAAGACAUCACAACUAUCACUGCAUAUACCAAUCCCAACCUUUUUAUGGGAUGGAUUCUAUGUUUAUUAGAAAAAAUGCAAAUUGUUUUUUAUCAUUCGAAUUAAACGAUAAAGAUUUAUCUCAAAUCAUUCAGUCGAUAAAUCACGGAAUGGAUAGAGAUACAUUUAAAACGGUUUGUAAAACACAAUGGAGAAACCCAGAUGAUCAUGGAUAUGUAUUUGUUAAUACUAUAAAACCUGCGGGUGAAAGAGUUAUGAUCGGCAUAUGUUAA